GUUCGACAAUUUGUAUCAGCUGACUUUAAAUCAGCUGACAACAGUUACAGUUUUGGUUUUUGCUAUAAUAUAUUUAAGCUACGCUGGAGCUAAAUAUUUGCAAAUUCGCAUAUGAUAAUUUGCAUGUAAACAUCUACCUUGUCGAAAAUAGGUUGAAAGCUAGCUCAGCAAGCUCAUUCUAUCCUAACCAACUGCUAAACAAAGCAUUUCACGUGUUGUCGAGGUUUAAAGUAACUAUUUGAUUUUUGUGUAUUAACGCGUAACUAUGGACAAGAUAGCCAAAGAUGUUGGUGAUAUUCAGUCCAGGCUAAUAGACCAUAGGCCUGUCAUACAAGGGGAGAUCCGCUACUUUGUGAGAGAAUUUGAGGAGAAACGUGGAUUCAGAGAGAGCCGUUUGCUGGACAACCUGAACAAAAUGGUAGUGGAGACCAACGAGCAGAUGUUGCCCAAGUGUUCAGAACACAUGCAUCAACACCUCUUUGAGGCUCUCACCCGACUGGAGGCUGCGAAUCAUAUGUCACAGAGGAUCCAGCAGAGGGCGCUAGAAGCACAGCAGAGCACCCAGCUGCAGGUGACCAUAGACAGACGGAAGGAAGACUGGGAUGAGUUUCUGAAGGAGCAGCAGCGUCUGAAGGAGGAGGUGGACGAGGAGCACGCCAAGGCUGUCGGACGUCUCAGCAUCAUGUACAGCGAGAUGAAGAAGGAUCUGGCCAAGUUCUCCCGCUUCUGAUCCUCUGUGUGUACGUCCGCGUGUGUCUGUACCACAGGAGGUUGGUGGCACCUUAAUUGGGGCGGACGGGCUCGUAGUAAUGGCUGGAGCGGUAUAGGUGGAAUGGUAUCAAAUACAUGUUUGUUGCCGUUCCAUUCGCUCCGUUCUGGCCAUUACUAUGAGCUGUCCUCCCCUCAGCAGCCUCCUGUGGUCUGUAUGCUUGUGUGAAAUGAAGGUAUUGCCUUUGGUUGAUGCGGUACAUAGUCAUUGGCACUAACAGAGGAUUUCUGAGCACUAGUGCUGCACAAAAGUCCACAAAUAACAAAGUGUGAUUAACAACGUGGCAUUUUCACAGGCCAUCAAAAUCAACAUUUUCUGUCCUAAGCACAUGGAAUAUGGAAACUUAUGGAAAAUGUCAUUUUUAAACGAGCAAUAACAUGAUUUUUCCUUGGUUGUGAAGCUUUUAACAUCUUGAUUUUUUUUAUGGAAUCAUACUUUGAGGUGUGGAUAGAUGUGUUUGCCUUUAGCUGUAUAAGAAAAUAAACUGGGAUUUGGCUCUGA